GCCGAUGUCUACUUCUUCUGCGCCAUCUUUCACAAUUGGUCCGAUACAUAUACUGUGCGCAUCUUGCGGAAUCUCAUCCCGGUGCUCAAGCCUGGCGUCAAGAUCGUCCUCGAUGCUGUUGUCACGGUAGCACCAGAUGAGGUCCUAGAGCAAUAG